GGCUCCGUUUUGCGGCCAACCCUGUUUCUGAUGUACGUCAACGAACUUCCAGAUGCUCGUGCGAGCCUACGUCUUCUUUCUGAGGGCAGCUUGAAAUCCUGUCUGUAUAAUGCCAGUGUCCUUCAAAUGGAUGGAGACGCUGCCAAGCCGUGGUCGUUGGAUUGGCACUGUCUUCUGAAUGACGAAAGGGAUCUUCACAAAAUUACAGAGGAAGAAUACUGGAGAAUGAAGGCUCGUGACUCAGAAGAUGCCCGAUUCUACGGACUUCCAAAGGUUUACAAUGAAAUGGUACCCUUACGCCCAACUGUCUCACUACCAGGAACACCCACGUACAACAUUUCAAGAGAAUUAUGGAAGCGGCUGAAAUACCUAACCAGUGGGUUCCAAUAUUCGGUCAACAAUGCGAGACAGUUUCUGGAGAAACCUAAAAACGUGAGAAUCGAAGAAGACGGAAUAAUGGUGUCCUUUGAUGUAACCUCACUGUUCACAUCGGUUGAUUUGAAUGCAGCAUGGACGACGGUCACCGAACUCCUGGACAACCGCGGAAACAUCAACGGAAUGUUUGGAAAAGAAGAAACAUGUGAACUACUAGACCUGUACUUGACAACUUACUUUGAGUUCAAUGGAGAAUAUUACGAACAGACCACAGGAGCGCCAAUUGGGUCACCGAUCUCUGGACUCACCGCGGAAAUUACAAUGCAGAAACUGGAACGAAUCAUACUACCAGAUAUCAAACCGAAAAUAUGGAUUUUUGUCCAAGCGCCCACGUGGCCCUCCGCACCCACACACUUUUCCGACAUGUUGCGGUUUAUCCUUGCUUCGCUUGUACUCCUUAGCAGUAUUUUUGACGUCUAUGGACGCAGGCACGUGUUAAAACUAAAAAACGAUUUACGUGGAGCAGUACUCUGCAGUCGGUUCGGCUUUAUGAAAGGCGGGUACUUUUCAGUCUCGCUUGAACAGCUGGAUGGAAAUCUUAUGGAUAUAAGUUUCACUCUAGAUAGGAGUGAAAACUCUGGCGUGGCUGCUUACCUGGCAGCCAAACCUGAUAGCUGUUUUAGAGGUGACUCACAGAAGUUUCUGUAUAUGUCUUUUGACAAGAAAAAUGAACAAAUUGUAAUUCAUAACCGGGAUUUGGAGCUUCAGGGGCUGGUUUUUGAGGCGAUCUCAAAGAAUAUGGAUGAGGAAACUGGUCAGAACACCAUCAUCCCAGCAACGUUGACAGACGCUAUUCAGCUGAUGCUAGAGUCCCUAAAUCUGGUUCCAGAUAGGAGCGCUGAAUCGGCUACACACAUCAGUGAGCUCCUUAAAUCCACACAACUCAUUCUGCCAAACUCCUACGAGCAAUCUUCAGUGUACCUGCUUCUGCGGCGACUCGCUGAAAUCAAAUUGUCGGGAAACUUGUCAACCGAUGAGGUUGUACGUGCCAAACGUCAAGAUAAUAAGAUUUUGGAUGAAGACAAACAUUCAAUUGAAAAGACAACCACUGGGUAUCAACUACCAGAACCAAUUGUCGAGAUUCUACGUGCCGUCUACAGGAUGACAACACCGCUUGGCUCACUUCGGGUGAUCCCAUAUCGUACAGUGAAGGGUGUCAUAAAGGCCCGGUUCACUGUGCGGUUCCCGGAUGUUACAGAAGAAGGUCUUUACAGUUUCUAUGUUCACAAUUGCCCAUCCGUUGAAGAAGGUUCGACAAAACGUCAGCCGAUGAAUCUGACAAUCCUUUUUUCAAGUGGAAUAUCUUGUUUGUUUAUUCCACAGUUGAACAUGGUCGAAAAGAAUACGGAUAGUUACCUGUCUGCGGGACAACGGUCUCUGCCUCUUCUCUACUUCGUCAUGUUCUGCGUUUACCUGUCCGCCAGUUUUAUUUGGUUCAUCUAUUUGCGUAUGUCAAAGUCCUUGAAUUUCUGGAUUUUUCUCAUACCUUUGGUUUCUCUGUGUCUUCAUUUCCAUUUUGCCAACAGAAAUUCCAAAUUUCGUAUUCACUACUUGAUGUUUGCCGUCAUCCUCGUGAAGGCCGUUUCGCUCGCCUUUCAUGGUGUUAACUACUACGUCAUCGGUAAACAUGGGGUGCAUGAAGAAGGUUGGGCAGUGAUGUACUACAUCACACACAUAAUCCGCGGAGCUCUUUUGUUCAUCACCAUUCUACUGAUUGGUGCUGGCUGGACUUUCAUCAAGCACAUGCUCACCCCGCGUGAACGAAACGUCUUCCUUAUCGUCAUACCACUGCAGAUUCUUGCCAAUGUGGCUACUGUGGUCAUCGAAGAAUCCGAGGCGGGAACCGCAAGGUAUAUGAUGUGGAGGGACAUAUUUAUUUUCGUGGACUUGGCAUGCUGUGGGGCGAUUCUUUUCCCGGUUGUCUGGUCCAUUCGGCACCUACAAACCGCGUCCCAAACCGACGGCAAGGCCGCUAUCAAUUUGCGGAAUUUACGUCUGUUUCGACAUUUCUACAUUUUGGUCAUCUGUUACGUCUACUUUACUCGUGUUGUCGCCUACUUGCUGACCAUCACCGUACCGUUCUCCUACUGUUGGACUGUGGAGCUCUUUACAGAGUCUAUCACCUUCCUGUUUUUCGUGGCUGUUGGCUACAAGUUCCGUCCUAUCAGUGAUAACCCGUACUUGCUCGUACCGAACGAAGAUGAAGACGAAGAGGAGGACACUGUCAUGGAACGGAUUCAACUGGAAGAAAUGUACGGGUGGUCACAGUCUGGUGUUACUGAUGGCGUCACCCGUUUGGCCCGACCACAACCUAACCGGAAGUCCAAGAUCACUGUAGGUGGACAACUUAACCAGGGGUUCAUCGACCAGGACGUUUUACCGGACGAAACUGGAUCGCUCCGUCCAGUAAGAGGUGUAUAACUGCGCUCCUUUUGACCACUGUCAUGCUCUACUGUGAGGGGUGUGCCAGGUACUCGGCCUCUGUUUGAUCAAAAGAAUGUUAUCACACCAUUCAGUCUACAAGCUGGUUUGUCCGCCUUAGCGACAUGAUCUGCACACCAUAUGGCUACCUGCCUACCGAUCGACAGGGUCGAUUUUUCAAUCUUUCAUCUACUUUUGUGCUUUACCACCCUUGUCUCAUUCCCAUAUUUUCCUAGUACCAUUUGUUCUACGGACGCAGCUGUGUGAUUCACUCUAGUCACCUGUGGCUAUGAGACUUCUGAUCAAGCGUCAUGCGGUUCACAACAGCUAUCUCACUCUUGUAAACGUUGUGUGCUUUCCCAUACUAUUUUCUUUUUUGUCAACAAUUGGCGGAGGUAAAUUCAUAAUGUCGGAAAUUUCUCGCCACUGUUGAUGGCUCUUUGUCGAAGAAGAUGGGACAUACUGUUAAGACAGA